AUGUAAUAUUUAUAGAAGAAGACUUAAUCUCAAGGAGAUUAAGUAAACCAAAGAUAAAAUAUUAUAGAUGACUCCUUUCUUGAUGAAAGUAUUCAUUUAGAUAGCGAAUCAUCUAGAGAAAACUUAAAAACAUUAAUAAAUUGUAAAGCUGAACAUACUCUAUCAACUAAAGAAUCAUGUAAUUCAAACUCAUUCACUUUAAGCAGCAAUAAAGUAAUUGAAUUUUUGAUUUAGUUUAAAUUUUUAGCUUAUGAAAUUCUUGAAUGGGAAACAUUAGAUAAUACUCUACCAUCUGAAGUUUAUAAUUUCCUUUCAAUAUUGAAAUGUUAAUGUUAUGCUGGUACAAUAACUUAUACAAUUGAAUAAAUUGAAGUUUUGAUCAAUCAGAGCUAAAUAUAUGUGUAUUUGAUUAAAAAUAAAAAUAGUAAAAAUUUACUGGAAUUUUUAAGUUAAAUCUUAGAUAAAGGAUGGAUUUUUAAAACAAUAAGAAUUUUUAACGGGUCUAUACUUAAUUUCUAUGCAUUAGCAGUAAAAACCCUAACUUUCGAAAAUUUAUUUUGGAUUAUUAAAUCAUUAAAAAAGGAUUUAAUCACUCCAACUGAAAGUUCGGUUUAAAGUAGAAUCAAAGAAUGCUAUGGAUUAAAAUACAAAAGAAAAGAAUGGAAUCUUAUUAUUAAUUAAAUUAAAUCAGAAAAAUCCUCAUAAGGGAAGCAAGUUGAAUUACCAAUGAUAUAAGUGAUUUAAAUUAAAGAUCCUUUUAUUUAAGAAGAAACAUAAGGAAUCUAUAUUUAAAAUUAAAAUUGGAAUCCCGAAGAUGAGUUUUAAGAAGAUUUAUAUUAAAAAUAAGAAUGGAAUAUUUUUAUUGAAUACUUGUAAAGCAUAAUUGACGAUUAGAAUGAUUAUUAAUUCUUUAAAGAUGGUGGAUAUGGAUGCGCUUAAUUCAUAAAGCUCUUUGGCCCAAAGAAUUUAAGAGAGUUAUCCUUAGCCAGAUUAAAAUUAUACACACAUAUGGCUAUUAAUAAACACUAUAUUAGGAACACGAAAAAGGUUUAAUAUAACAGAGAGAAAUCAGAAUAUGCAACUGACGAUUCUUAAGAUAGGGAUAACAAUAUCAAAAUGAAAAUCGAGGAACUUAAGGAACAACUUAUUCAACUAUUGUUAGAAAGUCAAGAUGGGUAUAGUGUAUCUUUUACUUAAAUACCUAAAUUAUUAAAGAAACGAGUAAAUUUCAAAAUAAAUUUAAUUGACCUUGGAUUCCCAAAAUUAAGAAACUUUAUAGAAUCAAUAAAGGAAGAGAUAUCAAUAGAAAAAAAUGGCAGAAAUAAUGUUAUUGUUAAGCUGGAUCGAAUAAAAUACUGGAAUUAGUAUUAAAGUACAUAAUAAAAAUUGAUCUUAGACAAAAUAGGAGGUGAUUUGAGUAAUUAGGCAAUUAGUUCUAAUAUUCUAGAAUUGCUAAAGAACAUAUUAAGUUAACAUAAAUAUGGGAUAAGUAUUAAUGAAUUAUACUACGAUUUAUCUCAAUUGUUAGGUGAAUGGUUUAAUUUUAAAAAAUUUUAAUGUUAGAGUUUCUUUUAGUUUUUGUAAAAUUACGCAGAGAAUAUCUUAAUUAUAGUAUGCCAAAAGGGAAACCAAUAUCUAAUUUAUGAGAGGGAUCUUAGAUUCCUACCUCCUCCAACCUAUAUUUAAGAUAGCAAUAAUUAAUAAUUCGAUCGUAAUCUUAGCGAAGUUUACUAAUGUAAUUUGGGAUUGUCACUUCAUUAAUCUAGUUUCUCUAAUAGUUGGUUGGGAAAAGCUGGAGAUUCUUAGCUCAGAUAAAAGUCUCUUCAACUUAUUGAAGAUUCUCAUUAGGAAAUUAAGGAGAAUUUAAAGUUUAUAGAUGAAAUUUUAGGUUUAUAGAUAUUAUAGCCAUAAGGAUAUGAAACAAAAUAAAACGAUACCUAUUCAAUCUAAGAUUGGUCAGAAAAGUCAAUGAAUCGUUUUGAAAUGUUUAGUUCUAUUAACUAUGGGUAAAGUGAAAUACCAGCUGAUUUUGAUUUAACUAAAGAACUACAAAACCCUCUCUCUUAAAAAUAACAAAUACAAUAGCAAACUAUUCAAUAAAAUGAAAGUAAAAAAAAAUGA